AACUAAGCGGGUCGUAGACGAUGUGCUAACGCUUGGCAUAGUUUUAAUCGCAAGACUAUUUUAUACAGAUGUAUAGCUUUGUAUGUGAAUAAUGGUGUCAUUCCGAUGAGUCGCAGUUCAUGAGAGGAGUACAGUAACAAGCGAAGGCACGGAAAGACAAGCAUCAGAGGCGCCUUCGAUUCACAAGAACAUGAAGACACGUUUAAAAUCACAGAUGUGUCGAAUACGACCGCUGCUGCUGCUGGUGGCGCUGGUGUAUCUUCCAUCAUCUUCAGCCCAGUGCUUCGGGGGUACGCUGACCAUGGAGAAGACUGUGGGCAUGGCGUUCAACGAGCCGUCACAGCCACUGCUCAGCAAGCAAGACGCAGCAGUGACUAACGAGUGCAACAGUGUCUGCAAAAACAAUCCUCAGUGUAGCUCCUUUUCUGUAGACUUCACCACUUCCAGUUGCGUUUCCUUUGACCGAACGUCCGAAGGUCGGCGAAGAUCACUAACACCCAAGGCAGCUACGAAUUACUACGAGAAGAUCUGCCUACGAGGAGUGGACUACAACUUGCUGUGUGGUCAGGAGCGCCUCUGGGCCUUCGAGAGAGUGUUGGACGCCUACCUGGAGGGCUUCGAUAACAAGUCCGUACCUAACAUUGACUCCCGAGCUGAAUGUCUCAAACUCUGCCUUACUGAGACUGACUUCGCUUGUAGGUCUUGCGAGUACGACCUAACGAGGAGGAUAUGUAGACUCAGCAGAGAGGACAGGAGGACAAAACCAAAUGCCUUCGUUGCUUCUCCUGGCUCUCUGAUCGACUACAUGGAGAACCAGUGCGCCCGCAUGUUGCCUGACUGUCGUUACACGGUGCAGAACGACGUGAUGGUCGUGUCGCUCGACGCGCUCGAGUUCGCUAACAUCCAGAGCGACUGCGAGAGUCUCUGCGACAAGUCGCGCAUCAUAACCUGUCGUUCCUACACUUUCGCUACCCAGGAGAAGAGAUGUUAUCUCUCAGGAGAUGAUUCCGUUUCGUUGAACCAGACUGUACUGCCGUACAUGCAGGGGGUGGUCACUGGAGAGAAGCAGUGUACAGUCAGUCAGUGUGACAGGGAUCAAGGUACCAUCAUAUACGAGAAGAUCACAGGACAGACAGUGAGGACAGCCAGGGAGACUCUGUACCAGCUUGAUACCACCCCGGGGGGAAUCAGUGAGAAGUGUGCCAAACGGUGCCUAGAUGACUCCGGUGAGUGUCCUGCCUUCGCUGUAGACUACCGCAACAACCGAUGCUUCAAGCUGGAUCGUAAUACACAGGGUCGAGGACAAGAAAUCGUCAGCUCCCCGGGAAAGAGCUACUUCGAAAAGAUCUGUGUCAGAGCUGCCAUACCACCGCAGUGCCGUGAGAACAAGUGGCACUUCGAGAGAGUGCCAGGCAGGGAGCUCCGUGGCCUUGACGAUCGCCAGAGGACCUUAGUGCAGAGCCGACGUGAUUGUAUUGAGGCGUGUCUUCAGGAGACGACCUUCCUGUGCAGGUCAGCUGAGUACGACUCGGCGACACUUAAUUGUCGCCUCAGCAGGAGCGACAGAAGGUCCAACCCUCAGGAAUAUGUCACAGCUGCCACGACGGUGGAGUACCUGGAGAACCAGUGUGCUCCAGUGGACGUGACUUGCCCCUUUAGGAAGACGGACGGAGCCUACCCCCUCUAUCUGGACGACACCAUUGAACGUGUGGUGUCAGAACAACAGUGUCAGAGAGCGUGUACCAGCUACCGCAAGUUCAACUGCCGUUCCAUCUCAUAUUUUCCCACCGCCUCUCAGUGUUUCAUAUCAGGCGAUGAUAUGGUGUCUGGAGGAGGAAGCAGCGCUCUCCAGAACCGUCCAGGAACCACUUAUUUUGAGAGGGAUUGUACAUAUACUGGCCCCGGUACCGGUGUGGGCGGGGAAGGUGUGGGUGGUGGUGGUGUGGGCGGAGGUGGUGUGGGUGGCGGUGGUGUGGGCGGUGGAGGUGUGGGCGGUGGAAGUGUGGGCGGUGGUGGUGGCGGUGUUGGCGGUGGUGGUGUGGGUGGUGGUGGUGUGGGCGGCGGCGGUGUGGGCGGAGGCGGCGGUGGCACUACAGACGGCGGCGGCACUACGCCUACCACUUACAGACCUGACACUGGAAGACCUGGCGGUGGAGUCAUACCUGGCGGUGGCGUCAGACCUGGCGGUGGCGUCAUACCUGGAGGUGGCGUCAGACCUGGCGGCGGCCUUAUACCUGGCGGUGGCGUAAGACCUGGUGGCGGUCUUAUACCUGGCGGUGGCGUCAGACCUGGCGGCGGCCUAAUACCUGGCGGCGGCGUCAGACCUGGUGGCGGCGGCGGCACUGGAGGAGGCGGGUUUUCAUUCGCAGUAGAUCGCUGCAGCUUCGGCCGCCUCACCUACGAAAAGGUCACUGGCUUCGAACUCUCCAGGAUCAAGUCCGAGCUCCUCUUCUCCAGCAAGACUGAAGGCAUCACAGCAAGAUGUGCCGAGCUCUGCAAGAACCUCAACAGCUGCAUGGCGUUCAACCUCGACUACAACAGGUUCGAGUGCUACUCCUUGGACACCAGAGCCUCCGAGGUACCCCAGAAUCUUCGUCAGUCCAGCGGGGUCGGCUACUUCGAGGGCAUCUGUCUCAGGAGUGGAGGGUGUGGUCUGAGGUGGACCUUCGAGCGGGUACCCAACUUCGAACUCAGCGGAAGAGACAGAGAAACACUUAAUGGAAUCAGCAAGUCUGAGUGCAUAGAGAGGUGUCUGGAGGAGCGUAGAUUCGUGUGUCGUUCAGCGAAUUACGAAUACGCCCGGAAGCUGUGUCGUCUCUCUGACCAGGAUCGCUUCUCCGCUCCCACGUCGUUUCAGGCUGCUCCUAACGUCGACUACCUGGAGAACCAGUGUGCACCUAAGCCCAGCGGUUGCGUGUACAGGAACAACCAGAGGGAUAGAUACCUCAUCUACACCACCAAGGCCACCAGCGCCUUCAGUGACGCCGCCUGUAGGAGGUCCUGUGACAUCGAGACAGAAUUCAACUGCCGAUCUUACUCCUUCAUGAGCGCGAGCAACUCCAACACCAACCAGUGUUACCUGAGCGGCGACACGGGCACCAACGCUGGUAACAGUGCCUUCCAGUUCCGUACAGGUGCCAUGUUUGCCGAGAAGGAAUGCACAGACUUCACCACAGGUUCCACUGGAGGCUUUGGGGGAGCAGGUGGAGGAGGCAUCGGUGGAGGAGGGACAGGUGGCUUUGGAGGAACUGGUGGAGGUACUGGUGGAUUUGGAGGAACAGGCGCUGGAGGGACCGGUGACUUUGGAGGAACAGGUGUUGGAGGGACAGGUGGCUUUGGAGGAACAGGUGUUGGAGGGACAGGUGGCUUUGGAGGAACUGGUGUUGGAGGAACAGGUGUUGGAGGGACCGGUGGCUUUGGAGGAACAGGAGGAGGAGGAGGAGGAGGCCUCUUCGGGACCGGAGGUGGAGGAACUGGCGGAACAUUUGGAGGCGGCGGAAGUGGAGGCUUUGGAGGAAAUGGAGGCUUUGGUGGAGCCGGUGGCUUUGGUGGCUUCGGUGGAACAGCAGGAGGCACAGGUGCUGUUGAAAGUCCUGCUGACGAUGUUGAGAGUUGCCGUUUUACUCCGACCUACGAUAAGGUGUUGGGAGUUGACCUUCGAGGAGCAAGGGAGGAGAUACGAGCCAGGGAUCAGAUUGGAGUCACUAUCGAGUGCCUGAAGGAGUGUGAUCGUCGUCUGGGUAGAUGCUUGGCAGUUACACUUGAGACCUCGCCCUCCAACGCCCAGCGCUGCUACUCCCUCGAGCGGGCAGCAGGCAACGACCCCGGGGCACUAGUUCCCGCACCUGAGGUUUCUUACUUCGAGAAGGUCUGCAUACCCGAACGUAACUGUGGGAAGGCGUGGUCGUUCGUACGAGUGCCAGGCUACGACCUGAACGUCAAUGGUGUCGUCGUUAACAACGUCCUCUCCCGCCAGGAGUGCCAGGCAGAGUGCCUCAGGGCCACAAACAUUCCCUGCAGGUCUGUGACCUAUGACGCGCGGGAGAGGACGUGUAAGAUGAUGGGAGAGACCAGACGGACCGACCCGGACAAAUUCAACUUCAGGUCCCGCAAUACAGAGUUCAUGGAGAACCAGUGUGCUCCAGAUCCACCCAACUGUGAUUAUGCCAACUACGAGGGUAGGUUCCUGCCAUACUUCGAUCGCUUCUUCACUAACGUCUUCGACCCGGCUGAGUGCAAACAAUACUGCGACAACGAAAGGGACUUCUCCUGCCGGAGCUAUAACUUUCAGUCGUUCCGUCGUGAGUGUUCGCUGAGUUCCGACGACACCUUCACGGUGGGAGGACAGGCGGCGCUGCAGGUGGAGAGAGACUAUUUCUAUUCGGAGAAGGGCGCUUGCAAGACAGUGAAGGUAGACUGCACCCCCACGGACAUGCUGGUGACUUUCUCCUUCGGCACGCCCUUCGAGGGGCGAGUGUACGCAACGGGCAAUGCCCAGGCGUGCUUCGAGAUGGGCAACAGACAAACUCAGCUUAUACUCAGAGUGCCCCUGGGCAAUACCUGUGGCACUAAGGAGGAGACUUCCGGUAAGUUCGUCAACACGGUGGUGGUGCAGCAACACCCGCUCAUCAUGCAAGAGUCGGACCGCACAGUGAGGGUCGAGUGUUCCUUCGAAGCUGGAGACCAGACUGUCAGCUACGCUCCUGAGGCCAGUGCUGGCAGGACCGGCGGAGGUAUUGACAUCAAUGCGCAGUUUCGCCCUGGGAUCAACGACGUCAUCAGCAACACUGCGCCCACGCCCACCGUGCGUAUGCGCAUCUACAAGGCAAACGGACAGGAAGCGAACAACGUGGACCUGGGUGAACUUCUCACUCUUAAGAUAGAGAUGGAACAGUCGUCAGCCUUCGCUAUCUUCGCGAGGAACCUGGAGGCGAGAACUGAUAACGGAGAACUGAUGACUCUUAUUGAUAAUAUUGGGUGUCCUCGCUACCCAGCCAUCUUCCCGGAGCUGCAGCUGGAGGAGCGUACGAAGAGUCUUUUCGGGGACUUCAAGGCUUUCAGGUUCCCCUCCACAGCCCGGGUCAACUUCGUGGCCACUGUGAGAUUCUGCCAAGAACGAUGCGACCCGGUGCCGUGUGGCUCAGGUGUAGUGUCGUACGGUCGUCGUCGUCGUCGUAGUAAUUCUGGAAACACGAGCGAGAGCUUUGAUUUAGAAGGUGAGGCAAAGGCGACCCACGUUGAGUUCUCGACAGACGGGACAACAGAACACUCCUUCACCUUCAGCUUGGAACCCGUCGAAGAUUCCGAGGAGACUUUGAUGCCAAUGGCUACGAGAACCACGAAACGUUCACUCAACACCACUAGUGCUAGCACCACCACCAGCACCACCACCAGCACCUCCACUUCCCGCUCCACCAGAGAGAUCUCCAGCAGCACCACCUUCACCACCACCGCCUUCACCACCACCACAGAGGGAGUGGAUGUAGACGAGGAACUGGAAAAGGAGAAAGGCAAAACUGAGAUGCCAAGCGAUAUACCUGUUGCUCUCUCGCUGGUGGUGGGGGAGGACACCAUGCCUGAAGGCUGGGACGAUCGUCAUAGACACCGUUACCGGGAUGAGACCUACGUAGCUGACGAUUACGUAUGUACACCAACAUCGACCGUAAUCGCCGCUGUACUGACGCUUCUAGUCCUCCUGGGCGCUGGAGCGACAGGCUUCGUUUUCUUCUAUCGCACUAAGAAACAUCAUUGGCAGAAAAUGGGAAACUGUGAACCGUUCCCAUUGCCUCCUCAGCCCAAGAGUCAGUUCUACAACAGUCCGGAGGUGUUGUUUCGCUCUACCUACGGAGGCUUCCCUGGCCAGUCCAACUUGGCUUCCAACAUGGCAGCCUUCACAGCCACCCAGGCGCUCUCUCCCAUGCAUGAAGAAUCUCCACAGUAUAAGGAGUAAUUCAGGACCUCAACGUGUGUGUGUGUGUGAGAGAGAGAGAGAGAGAGAGAGAGAGAGAG